AGGUUUCGGACCCAAAAUGGCGUCCGCUACCGGUAGAAUUUUUCAAACUGUGAAAAAACAUAUACCAAGUAUAAGAUUUCCAAACAGAGCAAAACAAAAAAUGGAACCCGGUUCAUCACACAGACCACCGGAGAUUUCGUCAGUUUUAUCUGCGAUCACUAGUAAAGCAACACCAGCAGAAUCAGCGACUCGACCGACAAGUUCCAAUUCUAUGACCGCCGAUGAGUCGUUCGCUUAUCAAAGUUUACCGGCAAGAUACAGAAGAAGACUUCUAACCCAAGAGGAAAUUGAUUAUAUUGAGAGAGGUGGUCCAGAAUGAAACCUCCCAGGUGGCUGGAAGUAUUUUACACUGUCUAUUAAUUAUUUAACUUGUGUGGAGACUGUUGGAAUCAUUUUCAAGAGAAAGAAAUGUAGUGAAUGUGGAAGUAUCAUUCACUUCUUGGUCAUUUGAUUUCAGACCAGUCAUUUGUGACAUGAAAAAUGAUUCACUUUUAAAAUAGUGAAUAAGCAUUCAUCUAAAGAUGGUGUUUAGCAGAACUGAGUGACUCCCAGUAAAGAUGGCUUUUUACACAUGUAUUACAGAUUUAUGAGUAAUUAAACUUAACUUUCCAUAAAA